AGCAGCAGCGGAGGAGGAGGCGGCGGCUCGCUCUCGCUGGUGCGGAGAUCGCGUGAGGGGAGCGCGGGCUCUUCUGCCGCCGCCGCCGCCACUACCACUGCGCACCCCGGUCCCGGGCGAGGCGAGGCGAGGCGGGCCCGUGAGGCGGCCAGGAGGAGCAGGAGCAGCAGGAGGCGGAGCAGCGGCGGCGGCCAGGAGGCGGCGGCGGCGGCAGCUGGGCGCCCCGGCGGUGUGGUGUGAGGCGAGGCGAGGCUCCGUCGCGCGCGCUCUCUGCCUGCCUGCCUGCCUGCCUUCCCCCUCCCUCCUUCCUUCCUUCCUUCCCGGGCCUCCAUCCCCUCCCCUCCAUCAUGUCGGCGCCGGCGGCCAAAGUCAGCAAGAAGGAGCUCAACUCCAACCACGACGGGGCCGACGAGAUCUCAGACAAAGAGCAACAGGAAGCAAUCGAACAUAUUGAUGAAGUACAGAAUGAAAUAGACAGACUGAAUGAACAAGCCAGUGAGGAAAUCUUGAAAGUAGAACAGAAAUACAACAAACUCCGCCAACCAUUCUUCCAGAAGAGGUCAGAAUUGAUCGCCAAAAUCCCAAAUUUUUGGGUAACAACAUUUGUCAACCACCCACAAGUAUCUGCACUGUUGGGGGAAGAAGAUGAAGAAGCGCUGCAUUAUUUGAUCAGAGUUGAGGUGAUGGAGUUUGAAGACAUCAAAUCAGGUUACAGAAUAGAUUUUUGUUUUGAUGAGAAUCCAUAUUUUGAAAAUAAGAUGCUCUCCAAAGAGUUUCACCUGAAUGAGAGUGGAGACCCGUCGUCAAAAUCCAGUGAAAUCAAAUGGAAAUCUGGGAAGGAUCUGACAAAGCGGUCAAGCCAGACACAGAACAAGGCCAGCAGAAAGAGGCAGCACGAAGAACCAGAAAGCUUCUUCACCUGGUUCACUGACCAUUCUGAUGCAGGAGCUGACGAAUUAGGAGAGGUCAUAAAGGAUGACAUCUGGCCAAAUCCUUUGCAGUACUACUUGGUUCCUGAUAUGGAUGAUGAAGAAGGUGAAGGAGAAGAGGAUGAUGAUGACGAUGAAGAAGAAGAAGGCUUGGAGGACAUCGAUGAGGAAGGUGACGAAGAUGAGGGGGAGGAAGAUGAAGAUGAUGAUGAGGGAGAAGAAGGAGAGGAGGAUGAAGGAGAAGAUGACUGAACACUGACAGAUUCCAACCCCCCCCCUCCCUGCCCCUUUCCCUCCCCCUCCAGGCCCUGGGAGCAAGUUGCUGUCUGUCCCCUUCCCGCCCCCCCCUUCCUUUCUGUGCUCAGUCACCUUGUUCUCCUGAGGUCUUUUUCCCCCUCUCCUCUUCACCAUGGUUCACAAGUGAUUUUGGAGAAAAUACCUUGCGCAGAAUACAGCAGAAAAGAAUCUCUAAGCAUUUCAAUUUUUUUAUCCUUCUGUUUUGAAACAAAAAUAAACUGUUAUGGAAUCAACACACCGUGUUCCGUGGGGAAGAAAGAGAACCUUCUGCUCUCUUCAGUUGGCCGGAAGCUGAGGCGUGCUAGGCCCCUGUGUAGUAGUGCAUAGAAUCUAGCUUUUUCCUUCUUUCUCUGUAUAUUGGGCUCAGAGAUUACACUGUGUCUCUAUGUGAAUAUGGACAGUUAGCAUUUACCAACAUGUAUCUGUCUACUUCUCUUGUUUAAAUAAAAAAUGAAAAAGCUAAAAAAAAAUAUGGGGGGGGGGUUAUAGACAGGGUAAGCAGGGGGUGGGUUUCAGACGUGGGGUGGGUUAAAUGGGCAUUUUGACAAAACAUGGCUUCCUUCUCCUUUGGCAUGUUUAAUCGUGAUGUUUAACAAACAUCCUUGCAGUUUAAGACGACACUUUUAAAAUAAAUCCUCUCCUCUAAUGAUUACAGUCGAGCCCUGCCACUUGAUGGAGAAAUCUGCAGAACCUUUAGAAUCUUAUUUGGAAUUUACAUUCUCUUGUAAUUUUGUUCCUUGUUUUGUUUUUUCAACUAUUUUUUUUUCCGUUUUUGUUUCACUGGAAAAGAAAGACGCUCAGUUUUAAACGUUAAAAGUGUACAAGUUGCUUUGUUACAAUAAAACUUAAUGUGUACACAA